AUGGCCUUUAACCAUUUUGUCAAAAACGAGUUCCUAACACUUCUUCCUCAAGCUUACCCUGUAGGACCAAUUUUGCAUCUUGAAGACAAUGGGAAGCAAUCGGAGACUUUGCAGUGGCUUGACGAGCAACCGGCGAGAUCGGUUGUGUUCCUUUGUUUUGGGAGCAUGGGAGGUUUUAGUGAGGAGCAAACUAGAGAAACCGCUGUCGCGCUAGAUCGAAGCGGUCACCGGUUUCUCUGGUCACUCCGUCGUGCAUCGCCGAAUAUAAUGACGGAGCCUCCCGGAGAUUUCGGGAACCUGGAGGAUGUUUUACCGGAAGGAUUCUUAGACCGGACGUCGGGUAGAGGGAAGGUAAUCGGAUGGGCUCCACAAGCUGCGGUGCUAGCGAAGCCGGCGAUCGGAGGUUUCGUCACGCACUGUGGAUGGAACUCCAUGCUUGAGAGCCUCUGGUUCGGCGUUCCGAUGGUGACGUGGCCUCUCUACGCGGAGCAGAAGAUAAACGCGUUUGCGAUGGUGGAGGAGCUGGGACUGGCGGUGGAGAUACGUAGGUACUUCAGAGGAGAUCUUAUGGCCGGAGAGAUGGAGAUGCUUACGGCGGAGGAUGUAGAGAGAGCGAUAAGGCGUGUGAUGGAGGAGGAUAGUGACGUCAGGUACAGAGUGAAGGAGAUGGCGGGAAAAUGCCACGCGGCGUUAAUGGACGGUGGAUCUUCGAAGACGGCUUUGGCAAAGUUUAUUCAAGACGUGAUUGAGAAUCUUGUAGUUUAA